UGACAGCAAGACUAAAGUCUUUAAUUCCAGAGGGCUCUUUGGUUUCCUGCAGGUCUGCAAUAUCUUGUAUGACAAACUUGUCCAUCAAAACAACAUCUGGAGAGACGUUCUCACACAAGCUGUGUCCUUGUGCUCUGUCCUGGACACACUUGGAGAUAACAAAAUCUUCAGAUUCAAUGAUCUUAUAAAAAGCCUCAGACCAGAAGUUGAGAGAAAAUGUGAUUUUUUUGACAAAUAUCUGACAUACUCCAAGCUUAACAUAGAAAAAGAUGAUCCUAAAUACAUAUCUAAGGACACCUUGCACUGCCACAGGAAGUUUGUUGGAGACUCACCACACAAACAAGUCAAACAAAAGAUUGCUGAACACAUGCAGAAGCUUAAACAAAAGCUAGCUGAUACCACUGCAGGGGUACUGGCAUGUCUCGACCGUGAACAUACUGAAUCAGACCUUAAAGAAAUAACUACAUGGUGGAAGGAAAUUUGCUCCAGUAAAAAUCCAGGAAUAGCCGUGGUCAACUACACUUUUGCUCAAAUCAUUUUAAUGAACACAGGCGGGAGCUCUCCCUUAAAACACAAACCGUUCACAACAUUUAGAAAGAAAAUAUCCCUGAAACUAAACGAUCCGCCUGAACAGCACAUGCUAGCCCUCCUCUUGUACUGGCCUUCGGGGAAUGAAGACAGAUGUAUCUUUGACCUCAGUCAAUUAAUCCAGCAAAUGCACUGUUCUUAUGAAAAUACAUACAAGAAGCAUUUUCGAUUAAGGUACCUUCGCCCCCUGUUUUUCCUUGGAAAAGGACAAGAACUGAACAGGACCAUUCACAGAAAAGUUCUUGAGAUGUUGUUUUAUGAGGAAAAUCAGGAAACUAAACCAGACUGGAGCUAUAACUGGAGAAAUGAGAACAUUUUUAAAAAUUCUGCCGUCCAAGACUGUCUUCUCAAAGUAGAAGGAGUUGUACGAAACUACAGAGUGUAUGCAUCUGUUGGUGGCACAGAGAUUGAAGUGGAAGCCAAUCUUCAAAGAAGCCUGUGGAGAUCCCGCAAAGUUUCCUUUUACCUCGGAUUCACCAUCAGAGGUCCUGUGGCCUUUGAUAUCCAGACAAAAACUGAAGACAAAGGGCCUUCUGGAGGACUCCUUGAAGCUCGUGCCAAAGAAAGGGAUUCCAGUGGAUGGACUAGACUUGAGCCUGAAGUUAAGAGUACCAAAGUAGUUAAAACCUACAGCUUACAGUCUCAAAAAGGUCACUAUGAAUGCAGUGUGUCUGCCCUGCGUUGGGUGUGUAAGGAUAGAGUCAGCUUCAGAUACCAUUACAGCUCAUGGGAGGGACACAUGGGUGAAGGUAUAUCCAAGCAGUACAUACCAGCAGGACCCCUACUGGACAUCACAGUCAUAGCUGGAAAGAUUGAGGAGGUCCACUUGCCACACUGGAUCUGUAUAGAUAAAAAAAACAUCCCACCAUCAAACAUGUUUGCUGUUCUACAUGUGAGUACCUGUGGAAAUACUGUGGAACAAGUGUCUGAAGUAUCAUCAUCCCACGUCACGUUACUCCAACCAGAUUUCUCACCAAUUGGGACCAUUCUGAAAAUGCUGGGAGUUUAUACCACAGCGUUUUAUGAUAUCUUGAUAUACAAAAAAUAUGACCCAAUCAGAGCUACCCUAAAGCUGCAUGUUUACAUGGUACCACCUGAUCCCAUCAUAAAACAGUAAAACUCAACUGGCUGCAGUCUUUAG